AUGCCUGGUUUCGCCGACUCUUUCUGGACCCCCGACUACGCGUCAGGAUUGGGAGUCUUGUAUACGAAACUCCAACAGGGUGUUGCCGAGAAUAGACAGCUUCUCACUGUCGCCAGUUUGCGAGCUGACGCCGAGGGAGCCUACAGUGCACGGCUCGGUGACAUUGCGCCCUCGGUUGAUCGAAUCAGCACGGGCUUCUCUAGAGAUGAAGGCGCCAGUGUGAAAAAGGCCUAUGAUGGCAUUCGUACUGAGAUGGUCGAGGCUUCCAAGAACCACCAGAAGAUCUCCGCCAACAUUCGGGAACUUGUCGUCACCCCGUUUGGCCGUUGGUGCGACCAGCAUGCCGCUCGUAUCCAAAAUUCCCACGACGAUUUGCAGGCUCGCAUCAAAGAUCACAUGAAACAAACGGAGCUCGUCAAGAAACUCCGUAGCCAGUAUUUCAACAAGUGCCGCCUAGUGGAAGAUUUGGAAGAAGAAAACAAAUUGGCCUUUCAAAGCCCAGAGGCCACGAGCCCGCAAGGCAAGCCAUCGCCCCCCAAGAUCGUCUUCACAGAUCCAGAACCAAACGAACCCGAAUUCUUUGAGAUCGGCGACAGGUCUUAUACCACGGAGGAAAUAACAAAGAUUCUCAGCGAUAUACUCAAUACAAUUAAGAUGGGCGAUGUCAAGGUCCCGAUUCUGGGCACUUACCAGAACAUUUCCUCAGGUGCCGAUAUCGUGGAAUAUUUCCAAAAGAACCUCGGCGCUUCGAGUGUCAGCUACGCCGAACGCAUUGGCCAGGAUAUGGUGGACAUUGGAUUCUUGCGUCUGAUCGGAAACAUGGGCAGCACGUUUGCCAACAGUAGUCGUAUGAACUACCAGUGGAGAUCGAGAGUCUUCCAGCUCACCGGAUUCCCUGAGAACAAAAAGCCGCUUCUUCGUAUGACCUCGGUCAUGUCCAACGACGACAACGCCGGAUCGCCAACUAUCGCCAGUGUAUCUGAAAUGUUUGCAGGCUGGAACCCAUUGAACAACCCUCACCCUGAUGAAACCCCGGCCGAAAAACUCCAUCGUGAAGCCCACGAGUCCGAUGAACGUUACAAAGCUGCCGUCAUCAAGCUGGAUCAAAUUAGAUGUAUGCUAGAAGAAGAGAUUAUUGACCAUCUCCGCUUUAUGGAACGCUGCGAGCUCGACCGUCUCAAGGCUAUUAAGUCGGUAGUCCUCGAUUUUUCCGGGGCGGUUAGCAAUGUCAUUCCUGGCUUGCAAAGCACCGUCGACCACAUGAUGCUAUAUCAGGAAACUAUCCAGCCACUGGGUGACUUGAGGUACAUGCUUGAGAAUUAUCGCACUGGAGGAUUUGUUCCCAAGGUUCAACCGUAUGAAAAUUAUUACGGCUCCGUUGGAGACCAAAUCUUUGGCGUGGAUCUCGAGGCUAGGGCUAGAGCCGACAAGAAGCGCGUGCCGGUUCUCAUUACGAAUAUCUUGACAUUCCUUGACAAUCAUUAUCCUGAUCUUGAAGGCGAUGAGACACGACGAGCAAUCUGGCUUCACGAUGUGCCGCUGGCCGCCACUCACCAUCUACGACAAGCCCUGAACAGCAGUACAGGCGAUCACCGUGCAAUUCUAGACAAAUACGAGAUACCCAUUGUUGCUAGCGUUCUAAAGUUAUACCUUCUGGAGCUUCCUGACUCCCUUGUGUCGUCCCAAGUUUACGAAAUAGUCAAGACGAUUUACUCCACCACUGCCAAUGAAACCACCGAGGAGGGUAGGAUCAAAGUCCUGCAGAGCACACUUGGGCAGCUUCGCCUCAACAAUAUAGCGACCCUUGAUGCUCUGAUGACUCACUUUACUCGGUUGAUUGAGUUGACCUCUGCCGACGAAACCUAUGUUUCCACUCUUGCGCAGGCAUUAUCACCAUGCAUUCUGCGACCCCGAUUCGAGAGUACAUUGACCAUGAAUGAACGCCACAGCUAUCGGUUGAUCCGGGAUCUGUUUGAGCACAAAGAUGCCAUUUUCGGUGAACUGAAAAGACAGUCCAGCGCCAGUGCUUUCGGCGCAGGAGCUGCCGCAGCUCGCCCACGGGCAAUCAGCACUGAUGAAAGCAACCGUCGAGCCGCAAUGGAGGCUCGGAACCGUGCCAUUGCAAGUCGCAGCCGGGCCACCAGCCCUGCUCAUACUACUCGACACCGCCGAGAUCGAUCCACCGAUGGCUCCGCCGGCCGGUUCCCGAUUAACGUCGGCAGCCCUCAAAGUGCGGACCGCAAGGCAAGACAGAGCCUCGACGUGCCAAAUGCUGCUGCUCUACAUGGAGGAGCAGCUGAAGAGGAGCAGCCUGCCAAGCCCGUAGAAACCACCGAGGCCAACGGAGCGACGACAGCCGAGGACGACAAAGCUGAGGCCGAAGUCACCACGCCUGAUGAGCAAGGACCAACUGGCGGCGACCCUGAGGGCUCACCUCCUCCCACCGCCCACGCUGAGUCAGUCGGAAAAAGAGAUUCGCUUAACCGCGGACGCAAUGUUCGCCGUGCAGGCGGUAGCCAUCACGUAAGUGAAAGCACGGACGAGACCGACAGCGCAGCAGCAGCUGAAGCCGAUAUGAAGGGGGUUACUCUGGAAGACAAGCCCAUGGAGGAUUUCGCCUAA